AGUAGUUCGUCUGCGGUUCUGUUUCCUCUCUAUACCGACGAAUACGAUAAAAAAAGCCAAGAUUGGGUGAUCUAUUCACGUGAAAGCGUUUCGGACGCAUCCGGAUACAAGGCUAGCCAGCUGCGUCAUUCUUGUUGUGUGACAGCCAUAUCAUCAGCCACACUACACCUCUUCUGUGUAACAUUAUUAUUUAAUUGUUGCUGUAGUUAGCUGUUGGUCACACACUUCAGGAAUGGACACAUCGGGCUUGCCUUUACCGGAUGCAGUCUACCCAUUACUCGAACAACUGCAGGAAGCUUUAGUCCUUGAAGUAAAAUAUCAACCUAACCUUCAGUUACCCAGUAUAUCGCAAAAUGAUGAGAUAACAAUUGGAGCUCGUGAUGGAUCAGCCCAUGUUUUGAGAUGUUUGAAAGUAUGGUACGACUUACCAUCAGAUGUGUUUUUUAUUGCCAUCAAUUUAAUGGACCGCUUCUUAACAAAAAUGAAAGCAAGACCAAAACAUAUGGAUUGCAUCAGUGUAUCUGCUUUCCAUAUAGCUGCUGUUCAAUUAUCACAGUCCCUGGAUGCUGAACACUUAGUCUCUAUUUCCCAGUGCAAGUGCACAGGUGGUGAUCUUAAGCGUAUGUCGGAAGUAAUACGGAACAAAUUAGAAUGGGUGCCUGGUACUCAACCCACUACAUCCUUGACUUUUCUUCGAUUACUCAAUGCCAUGUUCCAUGCACUUGCAUCACAGUUAGGUGUGGGAGAUAUAUAUAAUAAUAUUGUUACGGAAUCUGAGCUUCUUCUCAGGUUAGAGAUGGUUGCUUGUGAUGGUAAUUGUGCAAGUUUAAGGCCAUCCGAGGUAGCGCUUGUUUUACUUUUCACAUACUUAGAUAGCGCAGUUAAUCGCCUGGAUACUAAUCCAGAUACUACUGUAUCUACAACCGCUAUACCUAGUUCCUCUACCAUCUGUACAUCUGUAACACCAAAACAUCAGAUGCUUAAACUUUUAGAAUUCGCUUUAGAACUUCAGAAGAUAUUUAAGAUUUCAGACACAAGUUUUUUUUCUACACAUGAGGCUGUAGGUGCUGUAUUGAGCAAAUACAAUGCUCAAGAGCAAACUCCUCACAAACAAAGACUGAUAUGGAGAUUGUCCUCUCGUACGGCGCGCCUUUUACGUCCAACUGAUAAAUUCACUUCUGUAUUACCUGUUAUCGCCGAACACGCUCCAGUUCCUUCACCGAGUAAAAUUAGGUGUUUCUUCUGUGUUUACAGAAAAAAUCGUAAAUUCGGUCGACUUCAUGGGAACAAGAGACGUUAAGCGGCAGUAUCGAGGCCUUAAAGCGCUGGUUCAGAUGUUCAGUGUUAAUCCGUCAACCGAGCAAUAAAGGAAGUGUAAUUUUAAUUUGAAGUUAGAAAUUUAA